CGAUUUCAAAUAUCUUUAUCAAAAUUCAAGAUUUCUGAUGAAAUUAAAAAAAGAGGAAGUUACAAGCCACAGAUAAAAGCAAAGCUAAACACGUACCUUCUUUUAACAAAAGAUAAUAAAAUUAAGCUUAAGGAUUUGCUUGAUAAUAGUACGCCUAAAAUAGUUGAAAAGGAAUGGGAUUUAUCCGACAAAGAUCAAGUUGUAAAUCGUGAUCAAUUGUUUAAAGAAAAUAAUCUUAACCUUGAUCCUGAUGAUUGCAUAAGUAGAAGUUAUCGCGAAAAAGAAGUUGUAUCUGGUUCUCGUAUUCCAGUAGCUCGUUAUCUCUAUGUAGAAUACUUAAAACAUUCUGAGCAAUGUGUAAUUUCCCAAUCGCAGCGUGAUCCACCAUAUAGACUCUUACCAUAUAUGAAAAAAAGCAUUGAAAACUUACUAGGUCUUAAUGUAAGAACUUCAGACAUCAUUGCUCAAAAUGCCAGAAUC